AUGUAUCGUCAAUACAACACUGACGCUCACGAAGCUCAACCUCAUACAUCACGGCUACACUGCAGUUCUCCGAACGAAGGGAGGGGGAAUCCCCCAUCGAUUCUUUACCGGAAUAAACAACUCCUGAACAACAUCGUCGAUGGAAUGGCCCAGACAAGACCGUCGGCGAUAUGCGCAGAGGUUCCUCGAUCCUCUGACAGCUAUGGGGAUGGUUAUCGCAAGGUCACUUACGGCGCACUUGCCAACGCUGUUAAUGGCAAAGCUUGGUCACUGAAAGGGAUGCUCGGUGAAGGUCAAAAUCACCAGACCUUGGCAUACAUUGGUCCCAAUGAAUUGGGGAUAUGUGAUGAUGAUCUUAGGUGCUGUGAAGGCAGGAUCUUAUUCGAUGCAACCGGGUCUCGAGUCUUGCUGACACCUCCCGCACCGCAUUCGCUGACAGUGAAAGGCAUUUUGAAGGUGCGUCCACUUCAAGUACUCGACAGCCCGCGCCUGGAUCAGUUACUUACCACUGAUUAUGCUCACUACCAUUUCCGUAACAUAUUUGCGGAGGCACGGAAUGAGCCCCUGGUCGUCGUUCGUACGUCAGGUACAACAGCAGUCCCCGAAACCAAUUGUCUAUUCCCAGGAUUUCGCCGCCAGUUAUAUCCAAUGGAGCCAAUUAGAACCACCUCCGGGUUUCGAAACCCAGGUCUCGCUUUGUCAGUCGAACCGCUUCUUCGUCACGCUGCCAUUCUCCCACGUGAGUGUUCAAGAAAUUGUUUCCCACAUGCUUUCAGAACCACGACCCUUUCCUCUAUAGAGCAUUCGACUUAUGAUAAUGGACAGGCUGGAAACCAAUUUGCUACUUUGUUCGACCCAAUCGCUAACCAAACGACCGUUAUCACACCACUGACAGCAGUCAUGCCUUCCGCUCGAUCGGUUGUUGACGGUCUCAAACACGUAAAAGCAGACGCACUAAUCCUUGCGCCACCGUUUCUGGAACAGAUCGCGAAAAGCCCUGAUAUGGUAGUUUUCAUCGCAAGCAACAUUGAAGCAGUGACGUAUGCGGGCGGAGAUGUUUCGCAAUGGCCCGGCUAUGCUCCUGCUUCCAAAAUCAAGCUCUUCAACUUCAACGGCUCGACUGGGACAGGCAGCUUGCCCAUGCUUCGACCAUCAGGAAAAUACCCUUCUGAGGACUGGAAAUAUAUUCACCCUCAUCCAGCGGCUGGAAUUGAAUUCCGACCUUCACUGCACGGACGAUUCGAGGCCUUCAUAGUCAAAAAUACCGUGUCGGAAAACGAACAGCCAGUUUUCAAGCUAUUCCCGCAUCUCCAAGAGUACCCGACUAAAGAUCUGGCAGACGACACUAUUCUUUUUAAGCAAGGCUACAUGUGCAAUCCAAUCUCCAUGGAACAGCAUGUAUCGCAACACUCGGAGGUACGAGCGGUGUUGAUGGCUGGGACAGGCAGAUCUCAACCAGCACUCAUCAUCGAGCGGGCAGGUGAUCAGCCUCUUUCAUCGCCUGCAGAACAAGAACUCACUGAGCGGAUCUGGCCAAUCAUCGAAGAAGCCAACCGGACGUACAAAAUGGGCACCCGAGUCUCCAAGUCGCAUAUCCUGUAUACCAAUCUGCUGCAGCCUAUGCGGCGCGCUGGCAAAGGGACGGUCAACGGUGCCCAACUUUAG